UGCUGUGAGAAAAAGUGAAAAAUAGUACAGAGUGAAAGAAAGAAAGCGAGAAAUAGAAGAAUGAGAGGAGUCGGAGGACCUCUUCUAUGCAUUGGCGAUCUUCUCAGCGACGUCGGCGAUUCCGAUUCCGAUGCUUCUUCACAACCUCAUCUCGAUAUUCCUUCUUCGUCUUCUUCCUCAAUUCACGCUUCUCAGACGUUUGAUCUCCCUAAACUCUUCGAGGAAAACUACAAGAAUCUGAACGAGGCGCUUGCUGGCUCAGACCAUUCGUGGACUGCUCUAACUUUAAAGUUGUGCAGUGCUCUGGAAACUACAAACAAGUUGGUCCAGUCCACUAACUCAACUGCUGGAGUACUAUCUGAGAGGAUUGGUGAGCUUGAGGAAGUUGUCAAGAGGGGAGACUCUGCUGUUGCAGCUGUCAGAGGUGUUAUUUCUUCUCUAAGCCAAAAGGAAGAAGCACCUAAAUGCAGUCAAAAACUGAAUUAGUUCAAUUGUAUCUUCAGAAAGAUGCUAAAACAAGUCAUCCGAGCAGAAGUGCGACGCCAAUUCAACAUACGUCUAUACACGGUUCGGUUUGGUCGGUUUUUUGAGACAGAUAAUAAAGAAUCUUUUGAUUGAGUGUGUUAGAUGUUACAUGCUAAAGCAAGUCGUCUGAGCAGAACUGCAACGCUAAUUCACUUGAGAGUUUAUCCUUGUGCGUUUCUUGCUUGGUUUUAACUUUUUAUGUUAUGUAAAUCUUUUUUUUUUUUUUUUUUUUUUU